CGUAAACCUCCUGUUAUUCAGAGUUAUCAGCAAGCUCCACCAAACAGUCUGUUCGAGAGAGAGAGAGACAGACAGACUCGGGGGAGGGGGUCUGUUAAUGAGUUGUUGCACAACAACACGAACGAAUACAAGUUGUAGAAAGCUGAAGGUUUUCAUGCAGCACGACGGUAUUGACUCCUCUUCAGAGGUGGGUAAGUGUGAUGCCAAUAUGGAGGCACAGAACAACCAGCCCACCUUAGACAAGCACAACAAUCUCUGCAAGAUACCGAGUCAGGAAGAUCAGAAAAAUGUGCAAAGCUGUAAGUACUGCUGCACGAUGGCAAACUUCCGCAUUGAGAAGAAAAUCGGUCGGGGUCAGUUCAGUGAGGUCUAUAAAGCGACAUAUCUGCUUGAUGGACAGCUGGUGGCACUCAAGAAAGUCCAGAUCUUUGAGAUGAUGGAUGCUAAGGCUCGUCAGGACUGCAUCAAAGAGAUUGAUUUACUGAAGCAGCUGAAUCACCCCAAUGUAAUCAAGUACCUUGACUCCUUUAUUGAAGACAGUGAGCUCAACAUUGUUCUGGAGCUGGCGGAUGCUGGAGAUUUGUCCCAGAUGAUAAAGUACUUCAAGAAGAAGCAGCGACUUAUCCCAGAGAGAACAAUUUGGAAAUACUUUGUGCAGCUGUGCAGCGCCCUGGAGCACAUGCAUUCACGCAGAGUAAUGCACCGUGAUAUCAAGCCAGCCAACGUGUUCAUAACAGCGACAGGGGAGGUAAAGCUGGGAGACCUGGGAUUAGGGCGCUUCUUCAGCUCCAAGACCACUGUAGCACAUUCUUUAGUGGGGACACCUUACUACAUGUCACCGGAGAGGAUCCAUGAGAAUGGAUACAAUUUUAAGUCAGAUAUCUGGUCCCUGGGGUGUCUUUUGUAUGAGAUGGCUGCACUGCAGAGUCCAUUUUAUGGGGACAAGAUGAACCUUUUUUCCCUCUGCCUUAAGAUAGAGCAGUGUGAUUACCCCCCUCUUCCACCAGACCAUUACUCUGAGAAGCUGCGGGACCUGGUCAGCACAUGCAUCAACCCAGACCCGGACCAGAGGCCUGACAUUUUCUUUGUGCUGCAGUUUGCAAAACAGAUGCACAUGUGGACUUCCAGCACCUGAGUGACACUUCUGCUCCAAGCUCUCCUCUCUGCUCAAUCUGAGGCUUUCCGUCCACUAGAUGUAAGCUGUGCCUGUCCUUGCACACAUGUUUACGCCUUACCCUCAUCUCAGCAAGCAGAAACUUUGGAAAGACUGUGACAUUUCUUUUAAGUCAUGGAAUAUGUGAAGAGGUACAUGAGUAGUGCAACACUCAUGGAAAAUGAGUGAAACUAUACUUGUUCAUGUGGGAGCAAGUGUGUGUGUGUGUUUUUAGCUGAGGACAUAGCUGUAAUAGCUGUGUCUUUCUGUGAUGACAGAUUCCUCAAAGUUUGAUUUUCAAAACUCCACCAUGUUCAUACUAUAUUUUUCAGGUAAAGUGUAGUAGGGCUGGGCAGUUUGGACAUUUGUCAUCUUUCUUCUAUCAUUGUGAUCAUAUUAUGCAUGUUUUUAUAUAUAUUGUAAAGUACCUCAGUGGUCAAAAUGGACACUUAAUAAAUGCCUAUUAGCAGAUUUCUCAGAAAAAAAUGUUAGUCCACUGUGAUCGAGAUUGGCUGUGAAGCAUUUAAUUUUAGCAGAUGAAAUGUCUUUGUGUGUUAAAGACUGAUGGACUGCAAUUGGAUGCAGAUGAACUUUUAAAAUAAUCACUAAAUUUUCACAUUAUCUCCAACAGUUAGUUUGUAGAGCUCCUUUGUAUAAGUCUGAUUUCCCCUGAUGCUUAAAGUGAAAUAAAAUCAUAAAAUAAAAAAUAUACAAACAAGGGCACAAUAAAAUGAAUAAGGAAACAGCUGGGAAGGAGAGGUGGACUGAAUGACACUAACAAGGCGGGAAGCAAAACUGUAAACACAGGAGACUGUCAAAAUAAAACAGCAAGAGACCAUACACUAUACAAAUGUACACUUGGCAUAACACAGGGAAUACAUCUGAGUACAGAGCACACAAGAGACAAGGGAUGAUGACAGAGGGACACAGAGAUGCGGGAAAGACAAGAAGAACAAAGGAAAACAGGAAUGAAAUACAAUAACUAGAACUAAUAGCAGAAUUCAGAAAACUGAAUUCCCACAAAGCACAAACCCCUUUGGGGUUGCAUCCAGUGUAGAAAUUUGCCAAAACAAAUACAUGGAAUUAACUGUUGUGGUAACACCCUCUGAAUAAGGAAGCAGUCUAAAAAAGGUUCCCCCUAUUGUUUGUGUAUCUGUUUUUUCUCUUUCAGGUGUUGUAUAGGGGUGGCUGUAGCUCAGGAGGUAAAGCAGGUCACCUACUAAUUGGAAGAUUGGCGGCUUCAUGCCAAAGUAUCCUUGGGGAAGAUACUGAACCCCAAGUAGCUCUCCGAUGCAAGCGUUGGAGUGUGAAUGUGUGUGAAUGGUAGAUAGUAAGCACUUCGCUACACAUGUUAGUGCUUGAGUGAAUGGGUGAUUGCAAAUGUGUUGUAUAAGCGCUCAGAGCAGAAAAGCCCUAUAUAAGAAUUAGUCCAUUGUCUCUUGACUGUGCUUUGUUACAAAUGCAACAGUUAUGUUUUGAUCCUUUUUAUCUUUUCUCCCAUUUUUUUCUGUCCUUUUUUUCCCCCUUCUUUCUUCUCUUUUCUUCUGCCUGUCAGUUAUGGCAUUUUUAGACAAUACAUAUAUAAAAAUAUAAUAAUAAUAAUAAAGAAAUUGGCUAACAAGAGGAGCAUUUAUAGAGAUCCUCUUGGAAAAUGUGUUUGACACAAAAGUGCAUUCAGACCAUCAUUCUUGCCAAAGCUUGUGAACAGGACAGGUUUAAAAAAGAAAAGAAAUGCUGCUGCUUUUGAUUUGGAACACUCCUUCUAUUCUGCCAUGUAAGCAUUUAAUUGCCAUCUAAUUGGGUCAAAUUUGAAAGGGCACUUAAUGCAAAUAACUGUCCAAUGAUAUGCAUGGUUUUGAAAACAGAGUUUUGAAUUUCUUGGAUCAAGCCAAGCCCAAAGAACCAUAUGAAGUCAAAAGUGGCCAUUUUUCAAAUUGUGUUGUGUCCACCUAAUAAAUCUGACAUUGCUAGCCUUUCAUCUGUGCUUUGGUCACCACAGGUUUCUGAAAGAAACCUAUGUAGCUGUUUGAAUGUUCCACUGUAUUCACAAGUUGGUCCCUUCUUUCUACUUUAGCUGAGCAUUCAAAGCGCUUUAAACAACACUUGCAUUUACCCAUUUACAUAAGCACUUCCUUCUACAGCUAAGUGCUUACAAUCUAACGUUCACACUCUGACGGUUGCAUCAGAGAGCAACUCUGCAUUCAUUAUCUUGCCCAAGGAUACUUUGGCAUGCAGACUCGAGCAGCCAGGAAUCAAACCCCCAACCUUCCGGUUAGCAGAUGACCUGUUCUAACUCCUGAGCCACAGCCAUUCUGUGAAUAGAAUGGCACUCUAUUCUGUUCACAGAUGAGAACAGAUUCACACUGAGCACAUGACAGGUGUCAAGAAGUCUGGAGAUGCCAUAGCAAAUAUUAUAAGGCCUGCAACAUCAUCUGAAGGGCACCAGUGGCAGACAUGCAAGUUCUGGUAUUCUCUGGCAAAUGGAUUUUUAAUUAAGAUUAAGAAGGAAAGGAAAAAUUCUUUCAUCAAAUCAAAGGAGAACCGUGUGCACACACACAGAAAAUUAAGCUAGAAUUUGUACUAUCAAGGUGAGUGUUCCAGUGAUGUUGCAUACAUUCACAGGUUUGUUUAUUGUAUCAGAAUUCAUUUAUGGUCUUGUUCUAAUUUAUAACUAUAGACCACUCACUGUGAAACUGUAAAUACCAUAAACAUUAUAUGCUGUGAAAGUCAUUUUGAUCAAUAGUACCAAAAGAAAAUCAAUUUUAAAAGAUGCCAUGUAAGGAGCAGAUGAAAUGUACAGUGUCUUGCCACUCAAAAUCAUUUCAUUCACUUUUAAUCAAUAUUUUUUAAAUACAUGUAUUAGAUAAACUGCUACUGCUCAGCUUGUUUGAAUAACAUCUUGUUGAAUUCUCUGCAAAGCAUUUGUGCCAUUAUGUUUAUGUUGACACUGCUUUUCUGUGCAAUGAGACAUUAAUUUCAGUUCAGUGAUUUUUAUUUUCCCUUUGCAGUAAAGUAAAAAUGAUAAAAAAUUAUAAA